GAAAAGAUAAAGAAAGCACGUAAUCGGUUUCGGAUUGCACUGAGAUUGGAGAGAACCGAUUGUACUAUUUGUUUUUAACAAAUUCCCAUAAAUCCGUUCCAUACCUACAGUCCUCCCCAAAGAUUACAACUUUUUCCUAAGAAACACAAAAUUUGAGUUCAAAGAACCAUUUGUGAACCGGUUUACCAGAUAAUCUUUCCCCAAUUUCUUUUCUCUCAAGUUCAAAGCAAGAGCAAGAAACCCGAUUGAUCAUUGCCCCAUAAGAAUAUUUAUCAUCAAUAUUUAGGCAUUGAGACAUUUGAAAGAGUUUUUGAUGGGACAAACCUGUGCAUAGAAUUGAAGUUUGUAAUGGAGCUUGAUUUAGAAGAGCGUAUUAGAUGCCUAGAAGCAGUAGUGUUCAGAGCUAGGCAGCGUCAGAGGCGGCCACUGAGUCAUGCUCCAAUUCAGAUCAUUAACUAUGCAGGAGAAUUGGUAACAAUUGGUAAUGUUCAAGAUGAAGGCAGGGUGCACCAGGAACAGCUUGGUAUUGAUAUUGAAGAAGAGACGGUGAGAGGUGGGAGAAUGGGUGAAAGGAAAGGUACCUAUCUGAUUGCUAAAGCAUUGGGGGUGGAAACAUAUACCGAUGAGGAUGAGGGUUGUGCUGGAAUGUUUCAUUGUAAUAUAUGUUUGGACAUAGCAAGAGAUCCAGUUUUGACUUGCUGUGGUCACUUGUUCUGUUGGCCAUGCUUUCAUAAGUUGUCAUAUGCGUAUUUAAAUGUGAAGGAAUGUCCAGUUUGUAAAGGAGAGGUCACUGAAGAAGGCAUUAUCCCAAUUUAUGGCAAUGCAAAUGUUGAUAAUAGUAGUGGCCAGUUAGACUCAAAUGAAACUGAUUCGAGAGUUCCUGCUCGACCCCGUGCACGUAGAAUUAAGCAUAUGCAGCCUUUCAGAAACUGAGAUGCUUCUUCCACAACUAGGACAUCCUAUGGUUUGGUAACUUCUUCGGUGGAUUAGGUGACUGAGUUCAGUUAUAAACCUGCUACAGUGAAAUUGAUAGAACUAAUAUUUUGGUCACUCAAUAACAAGGAGGCAGAAAAUAAUCAGCAUGAUCCUAUCCAUCAAUUUUUAAGGUUGUUAGUGCAAGGAGUUACUUCAUUUUCAUCCCUUUUGUUGGCAAUUAAUUCUACAAUGGAUUCUGCAGAAUGUUUAUUUGAGGAACUUGAUCAUCACUGCAGUGUCAAUAGACUCAACAUUUAGGCAUUGCGGCUACAAACCAAUCAGAGAGUCAUACUCCAGAUGCUGCUGUAACCACUUUUGCAGCCUCAUCUUAUGUUUCUUGUUAAGUAGGAAUAAUGACAUUAUGCUGUUACAGACUCCAAUAUCCAGACAACUAAUAGUUGUUUGUAAAUUGUUUCAUCUUA